GGUCGGAGCGAUGAGGCUGCACUGCGAGGUGGAGGUGGUCCACCGGCGCCUGCCCGCCUUGGGGCUGAGGAACCGGGGCAAGGGCGUGCGGGCCGUGCUGAGCCUCUGUCGGGCGACGCCCGCGGGCCUGCCGCCAAUAUCUAAUUUUCUCCUUUGUUUCCCAUUGGUUAAGCAGCUAAAGGAAAACGUUGAGCAGUUUUUCACCAAAUUUGUGGAUGAGGGGAAAGCCACUGUUCGGCUAAAGGAGCCUCCUGUGGAUCUCUGUCUAAGUAAGGCCAAUUCCAACAGUUUGAAGGGCUUUCUUUCAGCUGUGAGACUGGCUCACAGAGGUUGUAAUGUUGACACACCACUCUCAGUGCUUACGCCAGUGAAGACUGCAGAAUUUGAAAAAUAUAGAACUAAAAUGGUAAUCACAUCGAAAAAGGACUAUCCUCUAAGCAAGAACUUUCCAUAUUCUCUGGAACAUCUUCAGACUUCUCAUUGUGGGCUUGUCCGAGUUGAUAUGCGAAUGCUUUGCUUAAAAAACCUUAGGAAAUUGGACUUGAGUCACAACCAUAUAAAAAAGCUUCCAGCAACAAUUGGAGACCUCAUACACCUUCAAGAACUUGACCUGAAAGACAAUCACUUGGAGUCAUUUAGUGUAGCCUUAUGUCAGUCUACACUACAGAAGUCACUUCGGAGUUUAGAUCUCAGCAAGAACAAAAUCAAGGCACUCCCUGUGCAGUUUUGCCAACUCCAACAACUUACAGAUUUAAAAAUUGAUAAUAAUGAAUUGAUUAGAUUUCCUUGCAAGAUAGGACAACUAACAAACCUUCGCUUUUUGUCAGCAGCUCGAAAUAAGCUUCCUUUUUUGCCUAGUGAAUUUAAAAGCUUAUCCCUUGAGCACGUGGAUCUUUUUGGAAAUACUUUUGAACAACCAAAAGUCCUUCCGGUUAUAAAGCUGCAAGCUCCGUUAACUUUAUUGGAAUCUUCUGCACGAACUGUAUUAAAUAAUAGGAUUCCAUAUGAUUCUCGUAUCAUUCCAUUCCAUCUUUGCCAAGAUUUGGAUACUGCAAAAACCUGCAGUUGUGGAAGAUUUUGUCUGAACUCUUUCAUUCAAGAAACUAGGACUAUGAAUCUACACUCUGUUGCUCACACAGUGGUUUUAGUAGAUAAUAUGGGCAGUACUGAAGCAUCUAUUAUCUUUUACUUCUGUUCUCUAGACUGUUAUGUAAAUUUCUCUGAUGUAUUGAAGUAAUAAGUGAUACCUCAAAAAGAAAUUUCAUUUAAUUAAAGAUCAGCUUGGGAUACAUACAUGAUUUAACUGUGUCAUACUGGAGAAAGUGAAGCUUUUUGUAUACUUGUAUAAGAGGAAGAAUGUGUGUUAUUCAAA